UAGUAUUAGGCUAUAGUUCACAGGCUACAGUGCACUAUGCAUGAAUCACCACCAACCGUCGACACAACCAUGUAGUACUGGCUGCCUACACAAAAGUACCAAGAUAUUUGAAUACCGGUUAUGAAACAUGGUCCUACCAAACUCAGGAUUUUAACAAAAUCUCUGGAAAUAUAAUAAUACUUUCUGACUAUCUGUGAAUUUUUUCAAGAUGGCUGAAGACAUUCUGCAUAUACUUGAGUGCCCGAUGUGUUUGGAAAUAUACGACUCUAAGCGGCAUCGACCGAAACUCCUCCCAUGUCAACACACUCUCUGCGCGCCAUGUUUGGAUAUGGUUAUUAAAAACAAUACUAUUGAAUGCCCGCAGUGCCGAUUUCAGCUCCCUGUGCCCAGUAAAGGAAUCGAGGGCUUACCAAAUAACUUGACAAUGUUUGCACUUAUCGACUUGCAAGGAAAAACAAAUGAGCAGCCUAACAUCGCACAAACAUUUGAUUCACCGGUAGCAGCGCAACAGACAGAGAAUCUGCAGAUCAGGCAGACGAUCUCAGCGUUGAUUAGUCAGUUAAAAGGGAAAGUGCACACGCUUAGUCAAACAAACGUUGAAGAACAAAAAUUAGAGCAUAGUUACCAGCAUGCUAAAGGGCAAAUUGAUUCAUCUCUCGAAAAGAUGGUGAGUGAAAUACGAGCCCGUAAGAACAUCCUGAUGUCUCAGGUGGAAGCGGAGAGGAAAGAGGGUAAACACCACCUCCUGAUGCAAAGUAAACAGGCACAGGAACUUCUGCGUAGUUUCCAGAAUGAGGUCCAAGUUCUCAUGUCAGCCAGUCAGCAGCCUACGAAAGAGGACUUAGAAGGUAUUGUGGAGAAAUGCAAGAAUUAUCUUCAGCAUUUGCAUAAUCUGGAGAUGAGGGGACAGGGGUCAUGGGCAUGGAGAUACUCAGAAGAUUCUGAGUCAAAGGAACUCCUGAUUCAAGAGAUAUCAAAAUUUGGACAAAUUUUCAGUAACAGGAGUUCAAUGGUUGCUGGGAACACUAUAACCUCUUUGACAACAAACCAGCCCCCAAGACCACAGAAUGAAUUUAUGAAUGAAACAGAUGCCAAUAUAUUGUCUGGUCAGUCAAGGCAUACCAUAAGUUCUCAGAGGUCAACAGAGCAGUUGGCCAAUCGAUUACAGUCCAGUUUAAGCACUGACCAAUCAAUAUCACCACUCUCUGUUGGAAAUCCAUUUAGCAACUCUCCCAAUUCUAUAGGUAGUAUUGGUGUUACACAAUCCUUUGACUCAGGGAUCGAUAUAAGAAGGAGGGCUGAUUCCAUUUCAAGUUUAUCCAGUGUACAAAGUCUGCCAUCUUUCAACCAACCAAAUCCAAGUUCACAGGGCUCCAUGCAUAUACCACAGCUGAAACCUAGCCUUCAGACACAAACAUUGCCUAACUCUUCUAAUCCAUUUUCAAGGCGUACAUCGGCUGGGCCAGCUUUGAAUCCUGUUAGAGGGUCUGCAACACCACCUCAAAUUCUUAAUAGAAGUGCCAGUCCAUUAUUGCGACAGCAGUCAGCUGGGGCAGUGGGUAUACUAGCACAAAGCUUGCCAGCUCAGUCAGUUUCAGCCAGGAAUGAUGUCCACAGCGUACACAUUUCACGAACCAACAGCCCAACAUUGAGUGCAGAUGCUAGUGCUUUUCCAGCAAGUGCAACUUCUCCAGCAGCUUUCAAUUACAAACUGCGAGGGAACCCUUGCAAGAUAUUAGGUGAGGGUCCCUCUAGGGGCAUCAAAUUUUCCAAACCUGUUGCAUUACUUUCCCUUCCAAACACAAACCUAGCUGUUCUUGAUGAAAACUAUAAUUCUAUUGCAAUUUUGACUGUAGAGGGCCAAAUUUUGAAGUCUUAUGGCACAAAAGGGCAAAAUGUUGGCCAGUUUUUAUCACCAAAGUCAUUUUUCUUGAAUAAAUGGAACCAUUUUGUAGUUUCGGAUUGGGGUAACAAUCGGGUGCAGAUAUGGGAUACAGGACGCGAUUUUAUCCACCAACUUGGCGUUGCUGGUAAUGCCUCGCAACAGCUCAAUGGACCUAUUGGGGUUGUCAGCGAUCGCCUCGAAAAUAUCUACGUCUGCGAUUCUAAUAACAGAUGCGUUAAAGUUUUUAAAGCGGAUGGAACGUUCUUAAGACAGAUUGGACAAGCUGGAGAUGAGGACGGUAAAUUUCAAAAACCAUCCCACAUAGCUUUUACACCAGGCAACCAGCUGAUGGUAACCGAUUCAAUCAAGCAUGUAGUUCAGGUUUUUACACCGGAUGGUAAAUUUCUGUACAAAUUCGGCGGUUGGGGUUCCGAACCAGGAAAGCUCAACAGUCCAACAGGAAUCGCUGUUGAUCCUCAAGGCUACGUGAUAGUUGCCGAUACCGGAAAUCAUCGUAUACAAAUUUUCUACGCCUCAGGUACUAUGGAGACUUGUUUCGGUAUACAUGGUAGCGAAGAGGGCCAAUUUGAUGAACCAACAGGUAUCGGUUUCGUGCGGAAUGGAAGGUUUGCAGUGUGCGAUACAGGAAAUAAACGGAUCCAAGUUAUUUAGGAACACGUAACUCAGAUUUCUUGCAAGACUUUGAAGCGAACCUGUAAAGUUGUGGAUUCAAGAUUCUGUUUGAAAAAAUGUAAAAAUGUAAAUAUGGAGUUGUAUUAUCUGAAUAUGAUUAUUUUAUUUUUUAUCUUUUGAGGCACAGACAUUUUUGGUGAUACUUUAUGUAGUUGUUGUGUUGGGCUGGACAUGCCACAAACACUUACCUUUAACACAUUAUUAGAGGCAUUUCAAACACUUACCAGAAGUGUUAUACAGGUUGUUCUUAGUUACAGUAUGACAAAUCAUUUCCUCUACAACCCACGCUUCUCUUUCCCUAUAUACACUGUACUCUAUAAUUUUUCCUACCCAACCAACAUAUAUUUGUUUUCUGUAUGUACAGUACGUCUUCUACAACCAUUUCCUAUCAUGUCUAUCUUACACUCUCGUACAUCCUCCUUUUUCUACCACCAUCCAUUUCAUAUAUAUUGUACUUCCUUUCCCUUCCAUACACCCGACAUACCCCCUCCCACUAAUACUGAUCAAAAGAUCCUUGAGUACUUGUGUGAGAAUGUGUUUGUAAUUGAUCUAAUAAUUGUGAAUAGCCUGACAUAGGUUGGUUGGAUAAUUGGCCAAAAAAUAGCACUCCCAGACUUAAAUUUGAAUAUAACUUUAAUUUUUGUCCAUUUUGUCAAAUAUUUUGGAUUCAAGGCCCCACUUGAAUCCGCCUAUGCUACAGGGUAUAUUAUACAAGUUGGUGCUCAAAGAGGUUUGUUGAUGAUGAUGAUCUGAAAUUUAUACCGAUGUUAGCAUUACACUGUGGAAAUGUAUCAUUUUUACAUGUUUGCGUUGCUUAGAAAUUGCUUGCUAUCAUUUCAAAGCACUGCCAAGUCGUUUAAUUGCAAAAUGCUAAUUUGUUGAAUGUCAAUUUUGUUUAUGACAAUGCAAUAAUUAAAUGCAGCUAUCCAAAUUAUAUGAGAAUGAAAAUGAAAUUUUCAAUAUGUUACAAGAAUGACAUAUUAAUUCUAAUUAAUAAUGCAAAAAAAAAGGUCACAAAUUUGGAAUUUUUUUGAGAGAGUAUAAAUGUUACACAGUAAAAUGAAUUUAUUUUAAAAGUUUUUUUUUAAAGUUUAUUUUGUACUUAUUAGUAGACCCUGUAAAGUUGAUAAAAUAAGCAUUUGAAACCCCUAAAUUGUCAUAUUUUUCUGGGGUUGUACCACUUUUCGAGACUUUGAGGGACGCCAGACCACGCCCACAUUGUCGGGGACAUCGACCCCUUUUGGGCAAAUCACCCUUGGCUCAAUCACCAUUGCAAACAUAUCAGAUCAAAGAUAAAGGCACCAUGCAUACAAGCAUAAUCGCUAUAGCAACUGGAUUUUCAGUACCAUUAUACAUUUUAAGGGCUCAAUUACCAUAGCAACUGAUUACAGCAAUCUUUUUUCACCAAUAGUAGCAUGCACCAUUACUCAUGUUCACAGGCUCAAUGUACAUCAGCAACAGGAUAAAAAUUAAUAAAAUUUAUACAAAAGUUCAGAGACUAGACUAGUGCUGGUGCCAAGACGUUAUUUUGCUUUCAUAGGCACUAUAGAAAUGUGUUAUAUUACCUGUAUUAUACAGGAAGAUAUUGGAUGAGAUAUUUUUAUUAAGAAGAGAAUUUUAUUUUCAUGAAUUUGUGUUGUUUAUAAAUUUUUAGAGCAAAACCAGUCGGCUAAGGUAGACUGCAGUCUUUGUUUAAAGUUGUAAUUACUGUAUGGUAUAUAAGUAAAUGUAAAGGUAGUUUUUAUGUACUGCAGUUGCAUAUUUCUGUUCAUAUUUUAUCUUUAAUUACUUCAAAAAAAUCUCUGGUAAUCUACAAAAUAAAAAUCAAUUUUUAAAUUAAUUAUUAUUAAUAACUAUAUUUAUUAAUAUUAUUAUUAAUAAUGAUUAUGUUACUAACUAGCUCUCAGAUAAAAUCAGUGGAAAUAUUUUCUAUGCCAAUGCAUAAAUAAUAAUGUUCGUACACUCUUAAAUUAGCUGGUUAUCAAUUUAGAAAUUAUCAAAGUAAAACAAUUGUUUCAAUCUUUGUUUUAAAAUCUGAUAAUGUGUUUGAACCUUUUAACAAUUAAAUGUUUAAUCUAAGUGUUUGAGUGUUUUUAGAUUUUAACACUAGCUUUAUAGGCUGAAUUUUGGUCUGUCAGUGACACAGAAUAUAGAAAUGCACAAUUCAAAAAUUUCCUUGUACAGUAACAAUUAAUUUAUGUUUAAUCUAAAUGUUUGAGUGUUUUUAGAUUUUAACACUAGUUUUAUAGGCUGAAUUUUGGUCUGUCAGUGACACAGAAUAUAUAAGUGCACAAUUCAAAAAUUGCCUUGUACAGUAAUAUAUACAUAUUUCAAUGCAGGUUCACAGUGCUUCAUUCAAUAUUACUUUUAAUAAUAAUAAGUAAUAAUUUGUAUUAAUAAUAAAAUAAAAUUUGAUUAACAUCGCAAUAAACCCAAUGUGCUCACACUUAUAUUUAUGACUAAUUUUUUUUUGUACAUGUGAUGUUAUCAAUUUUGAGCUACUUUUAAUUUGUUGUUGUCAGGCUGGCAUAGAUGAGAAAAAAUACUAAGGUUGGGGAGUGUUGUCUUACUAUUUAAGCUAUGGGGAAACAAAAACCUAACUUUAGGUUAACAAGAAAGCCUUAGUUACCAUACCGCUUAGUGAAGUGCGAGAUAGGUGGUUAAUACUCUAUGCUAUCCUUCCAAUCCCCUCACCCUAAUCCAAUAAAUUAUACCAAACCUGUCACUACCUUACUGUGGAGGCACAAAACUAGUCUUAUGGUUGAGGAAACAAAAGGAAAAAUUGGGUAAUCACAUUAUAAGCAUUAAUUUGGUCUUUGAAUGGCUUUCCUAAGUUAAGUAGAUCCAGAAAUGCCAGUGUUUGAAGUUUAUUUGAUAAAAUAAGCAUUUGAAACCCCUAAAUUGUCAUAUUUUUCUGGGGUUGUACCACUUUUCGAGACUUAAAGGGACGCCAGACCACGCCCACAUUGUCGGGGACAUCAAACCCCUAUCUGGCAAAUCCAGGCACUACCCUUGACUCAAUCACCAUUGCAAACAUAUCAGAUCAAAAAUAAAGGCACCAUGCAUACAAGCAUAAUCGCUAUAGCAACUGGAUUUUCAGUACCAUUAUACAUUUUAAGGGCUCAAUUACCAUAGCAACUGAUUACAGCAAUCUUUUACACCAAUUGAAACAGUUGCAAUAUUAGUAUGCACCAUUACUCAUGUUCACAGGCUCAAUGUACAUUAGCAACAGGAUAAAAAUUAAUAAAAUUUAUACAAAAUUUCAGAGACUAGACUAGGGCUGGUGCCCAGAUGUUUUUUGCUUUAAUAGACACUAUCGAAAUGUGUUAUAUUAUUAUAUUAUUGAGGAUAUUGGAUGAGAUAUUUUUAUUAAGAAGAGAAUUUUAUUUUCAUAAAUUUGUGUUAUUUAUAAAUUUUUAGAGCAAAAUCAGUUGGCUAAGGUAGACUGCAGUCUUUGUUUAAAGUUGUAAUUACUGUAUGGUAUAUAAGUAAAUGUAAAGGUAGUUUUUAUGUACUGCAGUUGCAUAUUUCUGUUCAUAUUUUAUCUUUAAUUACUUCAAAAAAAUCUCUGGUAAUCUAAAAAAUAAAAAUCAAUUUUUAAAUUAAUUAUUAUUAAUAACUAUAUUUAUUAAUAUUAUUAUUAAUAAUGAUUAUGUUACUAACUAGCUCUCAGAUAAAAUCAGUGGAAAUAUUUUCUAUGCCAAUGCAUAAAUAAUAAUGUUCGUACACUCUUAAAUUAGCUGGUUAUCAAUUUAGAAAUUAUCAAAGUAAAACAAUUGUUUCAAUCUUUGUUUUAAAAUCUGAUAAUGUGUUUGAACCUUUUAACAAUUAAAUGUUUAAUCUAAAUGUUUGAGUGUUUUUAGAUUUUAACACUAGUUUUAUAGGCUGAAUUUUGGUCUGUCAGUGACACAGAAUAUAUAAAUGCACAAUUCAAAAAUGCCUUGUACAGUAAUAUAUACAUAUUUCAAUGCCAGUUCACAGUGCUUCAUUCAAUAUUACUUUUAAUAAUAAGUAAUAAUUUGUAUUAAUAAUAAAAUAAAAUUUGAUUAACACCGCAAUAAACCCAUUGUGUUCACA